UUCUAGGUUCACUGAAUGUGACUACAGCUGUUACGCAGGUGCACACGUCAUAUUGGAAGUUGAAAAAACGAAAGAUAAUGGUGCUAAGUCGAACCAGGCGUGUCCCGCUGGAUAUCAAAUCAUUUGUUGUGAAUUGGAGGAAUUUGGCUACAACACAAACCGACCCUAUCCCUACCUGUCGAAUAAAACCCUUGGAGAAAAUCCGGAAUAUAGGUAUAUCUGCUCACAUUGACUCUGGAAAGACUACAGUUACGGAAAGAAUUUUGUACUAUGCCGGUCGGAUUAGGGAGAUGCAUGAAGUGAAAGGAAAAGAUGAGGUUGGAGCAACAAUGGAUUUUAUGGAUUUAGAAAGGGAACGAGGAAUUACCAUUCAAUCAGCUGCAACUUAUGUUGAUUGGAAUGGUGUAAAUAUCAAUAUUAUUGACACUCCAGGGCAUGUUGAUUUCACGGUGGAAGUUGAACGAGCUUUACGUGUAUUGGAUGGCGCUGUGUUAGUACUUUGCGGUGUUGGAGGAGUACAAAGCCAGACAUUUACUGUCAAUCGACAAUUAGCGCGCUACAACGUACCGUUUAUUACAUUUAUCAACAAACUGGAUCGAACCGGUGCAAAUCCAUUCAAAGCAUUAAACGAUAUACGAACAAAGUUGAAACAUAAUGCAGCCCUAUUGCAAAUCCCAAUCGGAAAAGAACAUGGCUUCAAGGGUGUCGUAGAUCUGAUCGAGGAACAGGCAGUGUAUAAUGAAGAUUCUGAUGGAAGUAUAUUAAGAAGGGAUGAAAUACCGGCUGAAUUACGGGCACAAGCAAAAGAUAUGCGUCAAGAAUUAAUAGAAUAUCUUGCAAAUGGCGAUGAUCUUAUUGCUGAACAGUGGCUUGAUAAUAUUACGCCAACUGCGAGUCAGAUUCACAAAGCUGUUCGUCGGGCUACAAUCAAGAGAACCUUUGUACCUAUGUUUGUUGGCACUGCAUUAAAGAAUAAAGGCGUUCAAUUAAUGAUUGAUGCUAUAGUGCAGUAUUUGCCCAAUCCAUCGGAAGUGGUGAAUCGAGCUUCAACAUUAAACAAAGUGAGCGGGAAAGAGGAACAAAUUGUGCUGAAUCCAGAACGUAGUAACACUCAACCAUUUGUUGGUCUUGCAUUCAAACUAGAGGCUGGGAAAUUUGGACAGCUAACUUACUUCCGUGUAUAUCAGGGGCAGUUAUGUCGUGGUGAUACUAUUUAUGCUUCAAAAGAUGGUAGGAAAGUACGCGUGCAGAAAUUAGUACGGAUCCAUGCUAAUUCAUUGCAGGAAAUCGAUACUGCAUUUGCUGGUGAUAUUUGCGCCACGUAUGGUUUAGAAUGUUUUUCGGGUGAAACAUUCUGCGGCGAGAGUGAUUACGAAGUUCACUGCGAAUCAAUGCAUAUCCCGCAACCAGUAAUUUCGAUGUCUAUUCGAUGUGUAAACAAUAAAGAUGGCGAGAAAUUUAUGAAAGCUCUAAACCGUUUCACUAAAGAAGAUCCAACAUUCCGCAAGGAAUAUAAUACGGAAGCGCGAGAAACCGUAGUCUCUGGAAUGGGCGAAUUGCAUUUGGAAAUCUAUGCUCAGCGCAUGAAAAACGAGUUUAAUUGUCCUGUUGUACUAGGUGCACCAACGGUUGCAUACCGUGAAACCAUUGCGAACCCAUACAAGUUUUAUUAUCGACAUAAAAAGCAAACUGGUGGUCAGGGACAGUUUGGAGAAAUUGAAGGAAUAAUGGAACCAUUGCCACCGCAUCGGAACAUGGAAGUUGAAUUUGUUGAUGAAACAAUCGGGAAUAAUAUACCGAAAAAUCUUAUUGUUCCGCUGAGAAAAGGCUUCAAUAUGAUGUUAGAUGAGGGUCCGUUGAUCCAUACCAAAAUUGCCGGGAUCAAAGUUCGACUUCAGGAUGGUAAAACGCAUGAAGUUGAUUCAACUGAUAUUGCUAUGAUAAAUACGAUGCAGAAUAUGAUGAGAGAAGCAUUUUUGAAGGCUGAAUGGAAAUUGUUGGAGCCUAUAAUGAAAGUGGAUAUAACUAUUCCAGAGGAGUUUCAGAGUUCAAUAUCGAGUACAUUAUCAUCGGGUUCUAUCCUGUUGGAUUCAUCGCUUUCCGGUGGUUAUUUAACUCUUAUAUGUGAAGCUCCUUUAAGAGCAAUGUUUGGUUACUCGACAAAAUUGCGGACAAUGACAAAAGGAAAAGGGGAGUAUGUAAUGGAAUUCGCCAGGUAUGCGCCAUUAGCCUUGGAUAUUCAGCAACAAGUUAUGAGAGAUUGGAAAGAAGCGCAGGAAGCGAAUGAAAAAGGAAGCGACAAGAGGAAGAAGAAAUAG